AGGGGUUGGUGUGGGUCUGGGGGCGCACUCUCCGCUUCACACGCGAGGAAGUCCUCAUCCCCUCAACCCCAGCACCACCGACACUGCCAGCGCCUCUUUCCCAGCUGAUCUCCCCGGCACGGAUCCUUAGUCGUCCGCGACUGCCGAUGUAACAGAAACAAGUAAAAAAAAAUGCACUCUCCCGCCCUCCUUGCUCCAAAGAGGCUGCUUUUCUCCUCGGAAGGUCAUCUCUGCUUGCAUCCUUCCCAAGUUUUUAAUCCCGUUGCCAACCUUUGCAUUACACACCUUUUCAUUGCACACACACACACACACACCAGUCCCUGCAGGUCAUCUCUUGCAUUCCUUUCAAUUUGCAACCCACCCCGUUCUAAGAGGACCACCACCCUCUCCACUAGCUUAAAAAAGGAAAAAGGACACUCUUUUAUCUCAAGCUGUUUUCCCCACGCCACACACACCCGGCACCCAUGCCCACUCCAGUCAUCUUAAACCACUUUGCCAACAACCCCCAAACCCACUUUCACCUUCCCAGGUUCUCCCAGGUGAAAGUGUGGUGGGAGUGACUGUCACCGGUGUGUGGGAACAGGGAGUUUGCUGCGAAGGGGGUUGCGGGGUGGGCGGAGAAGAAUGGAUUCUGAGGAAAUCGGGAGACCGGAGUUGGUGGUUGGUGAUUCUGAUGGUCUUUGGAGUAUUGGAUGUUUAAAAGGCCACACGACACAGGUGUGUGGUGACUUGGAUGUAGGAGUCUUGCAUAAGGAUACAGUAUAGGAGAUUGGGGGUGGGGGGUUAGCGGUGUGUGUGUGUGUGUGUGUGUGUGAAUACAGUGGAGCUUUAGGUGGUGAAAUUGAAGGAAGCUUGGAAGUUGUCAGGAUAUUGGGCCUGCAAGAAUUGCUGAGUGGGUUUGUGCAGAAACUGGGCUCCUGCAAACGGAUUUUGAUUCAGAUGCUGGUAUCAAAACUGAUGUACUGUCAUUGGAUUUGUGCACGGAGCCAUUGUGCUUCAGAUGUGCAGAUUUGUGUUUGAAAUGGCAGGUAGUUGAAAGACGCUAGUCUUUCGGGGGUGGGGGGUUGUGCUCAUAGGUGCAAUGAAGUGCCUGAGAAGUAGGUGAAUGUAAAAGAGUUCAUAUUAUUGUUCUCUUGCGGCGGUGGAGUUCAGCAGUCGGACCUAAACUUUGUACACACCUGCCAUGUCAACUUGAAUUUCUGCUGUGUUGCAGGAAGUCCCCUCUAGUGCCCUCUUCUCUCCACCCACCCCCUCAGCAUAGAAAGCUGACCUUUCUUUUGAUCACUUCUCCUUUUUGGAAGGGUUCGUUCUAGUGCUGCAAUCAGAUAUUUCCUUUUGCUUUUAUUACCUGCUGCAAAUUAUUAGUCCAGGGGCAGGAAAAGGUGAUGUCUUUCCUUUCUUCUCUGCUGCUUUCUCUUCCCCUCCCCCUCCCCCUGGUGCUGCUGUGUCUGAAUGCCACGUAGCCUUCUGGCUAUUCCCCUUUGACUAGAGUGAGUGCACAGCUUUUAGAUAUACUGUAUAGUACCUUCCCGAACUUCUCUCUUGUGUAAAAGGUAGUUACUGUAGCCAGCAGAUUUGGAUAGAUGAGUAUUUUUACCCCAUGCUUGUUCCUGGCUUUUGAAGUAGGAGAGGAUCAGUAGUCAAGACAGAAACUGCUGUGAUUAUUCAAUAGGGCUAAUGACUGCAGUCACCAGCCCUCUUUUUCUCUGUUAUUAAAUUUGGAGGGCUUGUGAUUCAGUUGAUGGAAACCCCCAAUCUUGCAGAACCCCUUUCUCAACAUAUGGCAAGUGGUAUGUUGUCCUGUAAUCAUGCCAGUUGGCUGUGGAUGAUGCAAAAGCUGGCAGGUGUACUUAACUCAUACUGUUUGUGUGUGUUUCCUGUUUGCAUGCAUGUGCCUUUCCAGCUUUUACUGUGUUCAAAUGUACUGGAGAAACAUUUAUAUUUUUGCCUUUACACUAUUUGUUUCAUACUAGUGUAUGAAACAUACUUGCUUUUUAUUAUUGAAAAGCGUUUUUUAAGAAUGCAUGCUUUCUUCAGUAUUCAGCCAUUUAUGCUGGUAAAUACAUAUGUAUGCUUAGGAUGGCAAACUGUAAUUUAAACUAAAAAGUAAUACCUGCCUACAUUUGCCGUAACAAUAGCUUGAAAUCCAAGUGAUUUUUCAAUAGGUUCAUGACUCUUGUGAUUUCAAGCUGUUUAAAUAAUAAUAAGUGUUCAAGUAUAGUUGCAUCUAUUUGACCCAAAAGAUUUACACUGGAUAUGUUGUGAUUGCUGAAGAACAGCAUAGUAUAAUCUUUGAUUCUGUUAUUUUGCCUGAUUCUUCCAAGAUUUAUCAGGCUUGCCAUUUGAAGAAACCAACUUAAUUUUAAUCUGGGUAUGUAAAUUGAUAGUUUCAGUUGUGUAUUAGCCUCCCCCCCCCCCCCAACUAGAGUUGACUAUUAAGAGGUUGGUAUAGCUACAAGCUGGGAAGUGUUGUGGCAAUUAUUGAGAUGAUGUUUGCGACUCCCUCUAAUGUAAGAAAAGUCCUAAAUAAAUAUAAAUAUUCUUAUUUCUCACUUCUCUUAUGUGGAGCUCUGAGCAACCCCUUAAGCUUUGUAACAGCACUGUGAAGCUGGUUAUGCUGAAGGCUAGGAUCAUUCAGCACCAAAGCACCAAACAGUGAAGCUCUACUCCACCCAGGCAAAGGGAGCAGGUGAUUUUUUUUUUAAGGAACUGUCAACGAAUGAUCAAUUCUCGCUGUAAUGGCAGAGCAGCCUCCUCCAUUAGAAGCCACACCCGCUUUGAAUGAAGUGCCACUUCUACCUCAUAUGGUCAAUGGGGACAACACACAACAGGUUAUUCUUGUGCAGGUAAAUCCAGGAGAGACUUUCACAAUUAGAACUGAAGAUGGACACAUUCAGUGUAUCCCAGGUCCAGCACAUGUUCCUAUGAUGUCACCAAAUGGUUCUGUGCCUCCAAUCUAUGUGCCUCCUGGUUAUGUAUCUCAGGUGGUGGAAGAAAAUGGAGUCCGGAAGGUUGUAGUUCUGCCACAUUCUACUGAAUACCACCCUCCCAUGCAUUCUCCUCCUCCUCCCCCUCCCCAUGUGACCCAUUAUAUGCACCCUCAUCCUGCUAUGCUACCCCAUCCACCUCAUGCAGUGUAUCCUCCGGUUCCGGGAUCAGGAGAAAUGCCACCGCAGUUCGUUCAUCAGCAUACAGCACCACAGCAUCUUUAUCAAGAACAGGAGACCCGUUCUCAUGGCAGAGCUAAUUUUCCUCCGCGAGAUGAAAGAACUCUCAAAAUGCAAGAGCAUUUGAAGAAACGGAUAAGAGACCGACAAGCUAGUGGAAACACAAAUAAUAAACCGAACAGCCCUCCUUCCUCACCUCAGAAAGUUAACAGUUCGUCCAGCGCCAGCGUUCAGAAUGGACAUGGAAAGGGACAGCAAGGGUCAGGAGGGCAAGGCAAGCAGAAGCAAGCAGGGAAAGCCAGGGAAAGCCAAGCAGCCAAUUCAGGAAAGGGAGACUCUGAUACAGAAUCUAGAAAAUCCCAAGAACCCUUAAGCAUCAAUAAGCCUACAGUCUCUGAAAUACAAGCUAGGUCAGCAGUCGUGGCUUGGGAUCCUCCUUUUGUGGUGCAAAAUGGUGAAACACAUCUCACCUCUACACAGUUCAGAUACGAAGUGGCAAUCUCGAAGGGUGGUAGAAAUGGAAAAUUUAAAUCAUUUUAUGUGGAAGAAGAGAUGACUUUUAUUCUUAAUGAUCUCAGACCGGCAACUGAUUACCAUGUCAGAGUUAUAGCCUCAAGUAGUACGACAAAGGAAGCUAUUUCAGAGCUGGUGAGUUUUACUACAAAUAGUUGUGAGCCAGACCCUCCAGCUGCACCGAAAGUAAUCAACAGAACCAAAAACAGCCUGAAUUUACAGUGGAAGAGCUCCAAUGACAAUGGCUCCAAAAUAACUAACUACCUUUUAGAGUGGGAUGAGGGGAAGAACAAUGCGUUCAAGGAAUGCUACUAUGGUCACCUGAAGCAGCACAAAGUUACCAAGCUGACCCCCUCCACAAAAUUUAGAUUCAGGUUGGCAGCCAGAAAUGACAUUGGGAUAAGUGAGUUCAGCGAAACAUUGGUAUGUUACACACUUGGAAUUGUCCCACCACCACCUCUGCCUCCUCAGCUAAAAGAAGCAGGGGUAACUUGGUUAUCACUUGAAUGGAGUCCUCCGGCUGGAGUAUCCACAGAUGACUCUCUGACCUACGUUUUAGAAAUGGAAGAAGAUGGUUCGAAUUAUGGUUUCCAAGCAGGGUACAAUGGAGAUGAACUUUCUUGCACUUUAGAAGACCUUACAAGGAGCACUUCUUAUAAAUUCAGAGUGUUUGCUCACAACACUGAAGGUAAAAGUGGCCCCAGUGAGGUAGUAGAAUUCAGCACAAUCCCUGACAAACCUGGACCUCCAAGUAAACCAGCUGUAAAGGGAAGGAUCCAUUCACAUAAUGUGAAAGUUACCUGGGAUCCACCAAAGGAUAAUGGAGGGUCAGACAUCUCUGUGUAUGUUCUAGAAAUUUCAGAAGCAUCAGCUGGGAGUAAAUGGGAAGUAGCCUGUAGUGGUUCCAUGAGAGAACAUGUAUGCAAUCAGCUCAACCCUGGUACAUCAUACAGACUAAGGGUCUUCUGCAUUGGUAGAGGUGGCCAAAGCCAGGCCUCCGAUAUACUCAUUGUUCAGACACCAGCUGUUCCUCCUGGGCCAUGUAAUUCUCCAUAUCUGGCUGGAAGACCCAAGACCAAGGAACUCAGUCUUAUUUGGGAUCCCCCUGCCAUGGAUGGGGGUUCAGAGAUAACAGAGUACAUUAUGGAAAUAGCAGACGGAGACAGAGAUGAACGGAGGCAAAUAUACCGGGGCGAGGCGCCAGAAUGCACAGUGAAUGGUCUCAUUCCUGGGAGGACAUACUGUUUCUGGACACAAGCAGCCAACAGAGCUGGGCUUGGUCCUUCCUCAGAAAAGGCAGAGAUUUCUACAGCUCCAGGGCCCCCAGAACCAUGUCGCGCCCCCGUGCUAACUUGUAAGACAGCUACUUGUGUAGUAGUCACAUGGGAGAUUCCAGCAUGCAAUGGUGCAGAUGUUACUGAAUACAAAUUAGAAUGGGGCCAAGUAGAAGGAUUUAUGCACAUAAUAUACAGUGGCCCUCUUCUGACCUAUGAAGUGAGAGGGCUUACACCUGCAACUACAUAUUAUUGCAGAGUUCAGGCCACAAAUAUAGCUGGUGCUGGAUUGUUUGGGGAGACUAGCAUGGUCACAACCCCGGCUUCUGUGCCAGCUGCAGUGACAGUAUUGCACUUGCUCGAAGAAGACCAGGUGGAAGCCCAACUUCCUCUCUCAAAGUGCCUUGCUCUUCAGUGGGAGGAGCCUAAUUGCCAUGGGGCAGAGAUCCUUGGCUACAAUAUAGAGUAUGGGGAAAGACAAGUCUCAACUGUCAACAGAGUUACAAGCCAUGUUCUGGAGAACCUGCAACCUGACACUUUAUACAGAAUCCGAAUCCAGGCCUUUAACAAUCUCGGAACUGGUCCCUUCAGCCCCCACAUUAAAGCAAAAACAAAGCCUUUACCUCCGCAACCCCCACAAAUGGAAUGUGCGGUCUUUAGUUACCAGAGCCUUAAGCUAAAAUGGGGUGACGGCCCUGGCAGAGCUGUAGUCACCAGUUCAACACAUUUCAACCUCGAGAUGGAAGUUAAAGCUGGCAGAUUCGUUACUAUCUACAGUGGACCUUGUCACACAUACAAAGUGCAGCGGCUUAACGAAUCCACUAAAUAUUACUUUAGAAUCCAAGCAUGCAACGAUGCUGGUAAUGGAGAAUUUUCUAAAGUUUACGCGUUCACCACAACCAAAUCACCACCACCUGCUCUCAAAGCACCCAAAGUGCAACAAGUGGGAGAUAACGCCUGUGAGGUCACAUGGGAGACUUUACAGCCAAUGAAACGUGAUGCCAUUGUUUACAUUUUACAACUUGCCUGUGGGAGGGAAGUUGAUCAGGUAUACAAGGGACCAGAGACUUCAUUCCGUGUUACCAACAUUCAGACUAACUGUGAAUACCGAUUCAGGGUGUGUGCUGGACGCCAGUAUAACGACGGCACUGGAUCCCAGGAACUCUGUGGACCGUAUAGUCCUAACACAGUGUUCUCAUCUCAGAAACAGGCGUCAGCAGCACCAAACCCAGAUGCCGGCCCCGACCUCACGAAACGCAAGAAGGCGCUCAGCGAUGAACAGUUUGCCUUCCUGCUUCUUGUCAUCUUUGCAAUAGUUGCCAUUUCAUUUGCUGUUCUCAUUCAGUACUUUGUGAUCGUAAGCGAAUGACCUUGCAGAUCGACUUCAUUACUCGGCUUGUUAUUUUUCAUACAGAAGUUUUAUGCCUUGGGUAUAUUUAUGUAAAUUCCAACUAAAAUGCUAACUGGGAAUGAUUGUAUAAGACCCACGUUUCCAUUUUUGCUGCUGGACUUUUAACAGUGAGGCUGGGUAGGUAGAACUUCUCACCUUCCCACCCCCUCCACACAAACUCUUCCUUCCCAGGGGUGGAGGGGUAAGAAGAAAUGAACAGAAGAAAAUCCCUAUUACCACAUAGUUAUGCAUCAGGGUUAGCUGUUGAAAACAGCAAAAUAAAUAAAGCAAGCAAGCUGCCUUAACAUGCACUUGUGAUUCUCAGAGAGCUGGAAAAUUCUCACAGUAAGAUUUUUCUUCAAAGCCAAGAAGGGAUUGGUGUGGUUUUUUUUGGGGGGGGGGGGGGAGAGAGAUCAGCCUCUCCAGCCCAAGUCUCUGCACAUGGGAGAUAUACAGCAGCAAAGAUGGUUCGGCUUAGAACAGUACUGUAUUAAAGAAUAUUGCUAGAGCAUACCACAACAGAUAUAUACUGUAGACAGAAAUGAAACCAAAAUCUUAGCAACUUCUACUUUAGUGAUACUUUUAUUUUUCUGAUCAUUUUAAUCUUUGGGAUUCUAGUAGUUAGAUUUAUCACUUCAAGAGCCAAGGGUCAUAGAAGGGUGUCCACAUUCUUAGGAGGGGUUUUUUUAAUUAUCAAAAGCGCCUCAAGGCACCAAGAUUCACCUAUGUACAGAAUGAUUUUCAUUGGUAUGUAACGUGGCAAAAUACUCCCCCUUCUAUACUGUAACAUUUCUGAAUGAAAUGCUUUCUCUCUCGUUGGUAAGCAACUUGUAGGCCCAACCAGAGUUCACUCUCUGAGAGAACAGUAACGCCCUGUGCUUCUGAUUGAACACCACUGCGGCGUGUGUGGUUUUUUUCAGAGGAAAAGCACAGAAAUUUUUUGUCUUUAAUGAGAACAAAAAGUGCAUUUAUGAUAAAUGUUCCACUAUUUGGCUCAAACUGAGCAAAUGCUUUUUGUACUAUUCUUAACAUAAAUUUUUUAAAAAAAGAUUCAAACUGUGGUCGGUUCGUUUCACUUUUUUUUUUUUAAGUUGUUGGGAUUCUCUCCAGUGUAAUCCAACUGAUCAAGUCACAUGUGAAAAUGAACCUUGCUUUUAAAAAAGUUUUAAAUUUUUUAAAGGGAAUUGCUGUCUCCUUGGUAGCAGUUUCAUAUUCCAUUGUUUUUGUGGUUCCAAAGUCUUUUCAGUUAUGUGAUGAAAUCUUCAGUGGCAGGUCUGGCUUUGGGUGGAAUAGUGUUGUUGUUGUUUUGUUUGGGGGGGGGACAGGGGGCUGAAUAUCAUGCACUACAUAAGACUGUUCUUUGUCAAGCCUCUGCAGCAGGUACCUGUGAAGUAUAAGUAAUUAAAUGUUGUCUUUACGUUCAUGCUCCUUCGAAAGCUGGAAUCAACCUAUUUCAUUUUGGACAAAUAAAUCCAAGUUCAAACUAAUACGUUUGUUCCGUUUAACUAAUAAGAGAAACAGUUAUACUUUAUGAAACAUCAAAACAUUUGCACUUGUACGUGGGACAGUGGAUGUAAUGUGUAAGUGAGUUUAGCUUGAGAUGCCUCUGUUUCAGACAAUAGAACAUCAUAAAAGUGUUUCUCAACUGGCUGUUAGUUCAUAAUGGUAACUUAAGAUUUGUGGCAUUGCGUUUGCAUUUCACACUUGGGUGGAAAACACACACACACACACACACACACACACACACACAUCAUAUCACUUAACUAUCUUAAAAGUAGAUUUAUGGUGCAAUCUGAAAUUAAUCUUUUUCAAACAAAAUGUACUCUCCUUUUUGUGAUCUAUUUAUUUUGAUUUUUAAAAAAAAUUCUGGAAACUAUGUUUGAAUGUAUUGUUCUACUUGUAGAAGAACUUUUAAGUUUAUCAUAUAUUGUAAUGGAAGCCUCUCUUCAAUGUUCGAAAGAGUUUUAUACAAAUGUUAGUGUCUUUUAGUUCACAGGAACGUUUACAACCUGAUUUUCUUUCAUACUUCACUUUUUAUAUAAAACAAUAGAUUGUCAGCAGAUUUCUGUUGCCAAAGGGUGUUUUUGCUGAACUCUCUGACAAAAAUUAUUGGGAGGGAAUACAGAGUCUUAUUUAAUUGGCAAUAGUAUGUCAGAUACAAUUUUUUUUAAAAAAAAAUUAGGUUUUUUUGAAUAAAUACUAACCAAAAUUAUGACUUCCUGGAAAGUUAAAAGUUUAAUUUGUAUUUGUAUUUGCCACCAAAUGUUUAUAUGUCCAGAUGAUUUACUGGAGAACAUAAUGGUAGAAUUUUAUAUUUACGACUAUACAUUCCAGGCUGAUGUACUCUAGUGGCAUUAAUGUAUUAGAUCCCCUUUUCUCUUGUAUUUUUAUUUUAUUUUAUUUUUUGCUGUAUUUCAUACUUAUGUUAAACCUGCCAGGCAUCGUAUUACUAAAUUGUAACUAUCAAAUAGAUAAUAUAUUUAAUAUGGCCAAUAAAGAUACAAUUUUUUCCCAU